UGUGAUAUUUACAUUGAACUUUCAGUAAAUAAUUUGUUGUAUUUUCCUAAAAAAUAUUACCGUGAAUUACAUUUGAAUUACCACAUUUGUUCAUUCUUUUUGCAAACAAUGGUUUUGUGGAUACCAUUAUCAUUAAAUAAUCAAUAUGGGUGAUCUAAGAGCAUCUGAUAGUUCAUGGAAGAAAAUGGUGAUAGCCAAAUCAAACAAUAAAUGGAUUUCUACGAUAAAAUCUGAGCCUAUAGAUUCUAUUGUUACUACAAUGAAUACUACAAAUUUAUCUAUUGGCGAAAGCAAUUUCGGUUUUAGAGAAAUAAAGAAAGAGAACGAUGGCGUUAGUAUCGAAAGUAGUACUCCUGAAACGAAUGAAACAGAAUCUAUGAUACAAGAAAUGGAUCCACUUAAUAUUGAUCUCCCAGCAAGGAGAACAAGGAGAAAAAGCUCUGGGCCUAAAAAUGAGACACCAGAAGAAAGAACAGCAAGGCUUGCUAAAAUGUCAGCAUAUGCAGCUAAAAGACUUGCAAAUGAAACUCCUGAUCAACGUGCUAUUCGGUUGCGACGUAUGUCUGAAUAUGCAGCUAAGCGCCUUGCUCAGGAGAGUAGUGAACAAAGAGCACGUCGUUUAGCACGCAUGUCAGCAUAUGCCGCUAAAAGACUUGCAAGUGAAAGCCCAGAACAAAGACAAGCAAGGCUAGCUAGAAUGUCUGCAUAUGCAGCACGGAGACAGGCUAUGAAAAAAAUUAUAAGCGGUAGUCCCAGUAAUAGUCUCGAUACUUCAAAUUCAAAUUAUGAUAUAAUAAACAAUAUAAUGCCUCACCACAGUUGAGACUGUGAUACAGCUGUCGGUCGUCUUAAGUUAUCAUCUAUAACUAUGCUCAUAGUAUGCUAAAAGAAUGCUAUUUUUAGAGUAUUCAAUAUAUUUGUCAUAUUUAUUUUUUGUAAAGAAAAUUUAAAUGUAAAUAAUUAUAUUUCCAAGGAAAACAAAAUAUAUAGUGAUUUAAAAAUUUACUAAUCUGUUAUAUAACUUAAGUUAAGGGAAUCUAAUUUUGUAAUAUGGAGUUUCAGCCAGGAUUUUUGUAUUUAACCAUUGUAUAUAUAAAAUAUAGACUUGGACAGUAGAAAGAAAAUCAUAAUAAUGAGAAGUAAAUCUUUUUUCUUUAGUAAUUUAACAGUAAAUUUUUGAGUGUGAUUUGAAUUAAUAUGAUCCUUCAAUAAGAAAUAAUUUGUAAAAUAUAUUUUUUAGAGAUUUUAGCAUCUGGUAACUUUUAUCUAUAUGAUAAUUGCAUUUUUACAUAAUAUAUGCAGCUGAUAAAUCAAGUGUGUGCUAUGGUAUAAU